AUGGCUCUCUGGGCUGAGGCCAAGGCUGCCGACGGCCGGACGUACUACUACAGGAAAGAUGGCUCAGGUUUUACAACAUGGGAGAAGCCAGAAGACUACGAUGGCGAAGCGGUAUCAGCAACUCCGGCCGUGAAUGCAGACCAAGCUGCCAUUGAUGCGGCGUGGAACACAGCGCAUGACAACCAGAACAAGGUCUAUUAUUGGAACGGCAUUACCAAGCUGACCACAUAUGAUGAACCCGAGGCGUACAGGAGGCAGCAACAACAGGUUGCGCAGCCUGCCGCGCCAGCAUUUGUAGCCGGCGGUACGCCAAGUUACGGAGGACGUGACGACCAUGGGCCGCCUCGUGAGCGCAGAAUGGAUAGGCGAGAUGACCGUGACCAUCUCCCGCAAAGAGCUGGCUUCGACAAAUAUCGAGGUCCUAUGCCGCUCAAAGACGAACCCGCCUACACUUCACCAGAGCAGCAGGAAGAAGCUUUCGUCAAGCUGUUGAAGAAGUACGACGUCUCACAUGGCAUGUCGUACGAGGAGGCCAUGCGGAAGGUCAUCAAGGAGCGCGAUUUCCGUGCCAUUCCGGACCCGUACGACCGGCAGAAGGCAUUCAACAAGUACUGCGAUCAAGUACGUGCCGAAGAGAAAGGCAAAGAGAAGGAGCGCAAAGAGAAGCUGCGCGAGGACUUCAGAAAGAUGUUGAGCACCCACGACGAUAUUCAUCAUUAUACUCGCUGGAAGACCGCCAGGCCAUUGAUCGAGCGCGAAGCGGUCUUCAAACAGACCGGCAAUGAGGACGAGCGUAGACAGAUGUUUGACGAGUACGUUGGCGAGCUCAAGCGCCGACAUAUCCAGGAUGAGAUUGACAACCGCAAGACAGCGUUGCAGGAGCUUGAAAGCAUUCUGAAAGUGAUCAUCACUGAUCCGGACACCACGUGGACCAAAGCGGAGCAAGCCAUCGAAGAGAACGAUCGAUUUACCUCGCUCGCCGUCUUCCGCUCCUUGAACAAGGUCGACUUACUACACGCUUUUGAUGCGCACGUCAGAGAGCUCGACCGUGCGCGCAAUGAGCAGAAGCAGAAAGACAAGAGGCUGACUACACGCCGCGCUCGUGUAGCCCGUGACGCCUUCCAGCAGCUCCUCGGAGGAUUGCACGCACAAGGGAGAAUCAAAGCGGGCACGAAGUGGCAGGACUUUUAUCCGCUCAUCGCAGAGGACGAGCGCUAUUUGAACAUGCUUACGGUACCCGGUAGCAGUCCACUGGACAUGUUCUGGGACGCGGUUGAGGACGAGGACCGCAAACUGCGCAGCAAACGUAAUGAUGCGCUUGAUGUGUUGGAAGACCGACGCUUCGAAAUGACUGAGCAGACUUCCCUCGAGGAGUUCGGAGCGAUUAUGAGCGCUGAUCCACGUACGGCGCGCUUCACAGACGAGGAGCUGCAGAUGAUAUAUAGUAGGCUGAUGGAGAAGAUUCUUCGGCGUCUUGAGGAAGAGAAGCUGAACGCAGAGCGACAACAGCGCAAGACUGUCGAUGCUCUGCGUAGCCGCAUCAAGCAUCUUGAUCCGCCAGUCCGCCUCGGCGAAACGUACGAGGAGGUGGCGCCGAGGUUGGAACCGUUUGAGGAAUUUCAGAUGCUGCAAGAUGACGACGCAAGACGUGCCGCGUUUGAAAAGCACAUGCGCCGAAUCAGGGAGAAGGAGCAAGAAGAUCUUGAGCGAGAGCGUGUUAGACGUGAUCGCGACCAACGGAACGGCUCCCGCCGCACCGAGCGGGAUGAUCGUGAGCGCCGUCACCGCACACGCACGCCUGAGGUUGAUGCAUAUGAAGCAGACCGGAAGAGGGCGCAGGCGAAUCGCGAGAAGCAGUACAGGAAGGCUAGCUUUGGCCUUACUCCGCCCCCGCGCGAGCGUAGGGAUGACAGGUACGACGACCGCCGCCGACCCGAUAAUAUGUACGAGCGUGAGCGGCGCGAGCGCGAAAUGGAACGCGAGCGGAGCUACAUUAGUCGUGCAGAUCCGCGCGAUAAGGGCCGGACGCUCGAUUAUGGGGACGAGGAUGCGGUGGUUAGUCAGCCAGGAAGCAUCAGGAAGCGGAGGGAGAGUGAUGGGAGUAUGCGCGACAACAAGCGCGCUCGCCGUACUCGUACGCCUGAGCCGGAGCAGGGUGUGCUGAAGGAAGAGGAGCCAGCUUUGCAGUCUGGUAGCGAGGAAGGCGAACUCGCGGAGCUCUAG